CAAGCCGCCAAAUUACAAGUUGGAAAUAUGGCCGUUGGGUUCGAACCCUCCAAAGUAAGAGGCCCCCUAUCCUCACUCUCCAUUGACAAGUUGCUCAAAUCCAAGAAAAACUUCCCAAGAACCCCACCAAGGCUCUGGCUCGAUGGCCAAGACGAUCCUAUCGAGACAGACAAUCAAGGCCUCCCCAUCUUGAAGCUAUGCCAUCCCAUCUUGCACGCCUUGGAAUCAUGCACUAACAUUAGGCAGUUCAAGCAUGUCCACACCCAGCUUGUUGUCUCUGGUCUCUUUCAACACUCUCUUGCGGCUAGCCGAGUCGUAAAGAAGCUUUGCUCUUCUUCGGUUAUGUUUCCACAUGCUGUUUACGUAUUCGAUUGCCUCGAGGAACCCGAUGCUUUUAUGUGCAAUACUAUCAUGAGAAGCUACGUAAAUUUCAAUGACCCAUUUGGUGCUUUAAGGUUUUACCAUGAGAGGAUGGUUGGGAAGUGGAUCAUGCCGAAUCAUUAUACUUAUCCGCUUUUGGUGAAGGUGUGUGUGGAAAUUGGGUCGGUGAGAGAAGGAGAAAAGGCUCAUGCCCAGGUGGUGAAACUCGGGAUAGAAUCUGAUUUAUUUGUGCAGAACUCAUUGAUUCAUAUGUACUCGGUUUGUGGAAGGAUAGGGGACGCUCGGAUGAUGUUUGAUACGGGGCCUGAAUUAGAUUUGGUGAGUUGGAAUACGAUGAUUGAUGGGUAUGUGAAGAAUGGAGAGGUUGGUGUUGCACGUGAACUUUUUGACGAGAUGUACGAGAGAGAUCUUUUUAGUUGGAAUUCUAUGAUUACUGGUUAUGUGGGCACUGGAGAUAUGGAGGCGGCAAAAGGGUUGUUUGAGAGAAUGACUUGUAGAGAUGUUGUAUCGUGGAAUUGUAUGAUUGAUGGGUAUGCAAGGAUUGGAAAUGUUUUGGUGGCUCGGGAGUUUUUUGAUAGGAUGCCUUUGCAAAAUGUGGUUUCUUGGAAUACGAUGUUGGCUCUUUAUGUGCGGUAUAAGCAUUACGGUGAAUGUUUAACAUUGUUUGAUAGGAUGAUUGAUGGAGGAGAUGUUAGACCAAAUGAGGCUACUCUUGUGAGUGUCCUGACUGCGUGUGCAGACUUGGGAAGGCUUGAUCAAGGCAGUUGGGUUCAUUCUUAUUUAAAACAUAAUAGGAUUAAAUCUGAUGUGUUACUUUCAACAGCUCUUCUGACAAUGUAUGCAAAGUGUGGGGUUGUGGGCUUGGCUAGGGAUGUUUUUGACGAGAUGCCCAACAGAACUGUUGUGUCAUGGAAUGCAAUGAUCAUGGGAUAUGGUAUGAAUGGGAAUGCAGAAAAAGCUCUAGAAAUGUUCAUGCAUAUGCAGAAAAGAGGGCCGACGCCGAAUGAUUCUACCUUCAUAUGUGUCUUAUCAGCAUGUACCCAUGCAGGAAUGGUUUUUGAGGGUUGGUGGUGCUUUGAUCUAAUGAGUCGGGUUUACAAAAUUGAACCAAAGGUGGAGCACUAUGGUUGCAUGGUUGAUCUCCUUGCUCGGGCUGGUUUGAUGAAAGAUUCAGAGAAGCUUAUAAGUAACAUGCCAAUGGAGUCGGGACCUGUCUUAAGGGGAGCUCUACUGUCUGCCUGUAGUACACAUUCUAAUUCAGAGCUUGGAGAGAUUGUGGCAAAACGGUUGAUUGAGUUGGAACCUGGGGAUCUUGGGCCCUAUGUGUUGUUAUCAAAUAUAUAUGCUGCAGAAGGGAGAUGGGGUGACGUCGAGCAUGUGAGAAAGAUGAAGAAGGAAAAUGGAUUACAAAAAGAAUCUGGUUCUAGCCUGGUUCACCUUCAUGAGUUUAAAUUUGAAUCUUUUGCAGAACAAGGUUCAGUCCAUAGGAGAAGCAUGUUGUACUCAAUGUUGAGUGAGAUGGGAGCUCAUGUGAAACUGUCUUGUACAGAUUCUAAUAUGGUGUGACAUUGGGAGCUAAAUGAAGACAAGACACCAUUUAUUCAAGUGGACACGUCCUAAUGUGACGAAACUAUCCGCAAAGGAACUAUCAUGUACAGCUUAAAAAAAUUAAGACUCUGAAAGGAAAAGAGUAUCUUGGGAAAUCAAUGGACCGACGAGUAGGUCUAUACAGAAACUAUUGCCUUAUAUAGGACAUGGUUAAGUGAUUGGAUUGUCUUGUUGCAUAUCAUUGGCGAUAAUUAAGGAAAUUGUGAGUACAUUUUUCAGCUUCAUUUUUACUUUUUGGAUCCAUAAUAUGUAACUGCAUCAGUAUUGUAUUUUUUCGUUUAAUUAUGGCAAUAUAU